GUUUUUUCUUUCGUUUUCCUUUGUAUAUGGCUGUUUCGUGAUUUUUUCUAUUCAAGUCCGAGAGAAGACUGGACUGCAAAAGUAAAGUCAGCCACCACAUCGUAAAACGCAUCGUACAGCAAAAUCAGUGGAGUAGAAACAGGAAAACGUGUGCUCCCCGAGGAUUUUCUAUUAAUUUAGGUUGAGGCUUUGAUUUCUUCAAUCUGUUAUAAAAACUUCGUGAAAAGGUUGCUGAUCAAAGUAACAAAAGUUUCCAAAGCAUCACUGAUCAAAAUUGCUCUGGCGUGAAAUUUACUGUUAGGAAUAUUAACCAAGAUGGAUUGUCCUCAUAUAUGUGACAAUGUUGUGCUUCGGAAGGAUUCGGUGAAAAACUUGAAACAAGCCCUUUGUGGGGGUCUUUCCGCAGCUGCGCCACAGGGAACCGGAACACCUCCAGCAAGCUCACCAGCUCCAUCGGGAAUAUCGAAACUAUGGAAGUGUUCAGAGUGUGCCGGUAAAGACAACUGGAUGUGUCUGCAGUGCGGGUCGGUUCUCUGUGGCAGAUAUGAAAGUGGACACGCGCUGAAACAUUCAUCUAAGCAGAACCACAAUAUUUGUAUUAAUACGGUGAACUUGUCGGUUUAUUGUUAUAAGUGUGACGAGUUCGUGGUUAAUGACACAGCUGACAACGUCCUGGAAGAGAUCCGUCAGGAACUGAAAGAUGGAGAUGCGGACAGCGUAUCGGAGACAUCGUCCACUAUGGAGGAAAUUAGUUCAUCAAAAUCGGUACAGGAAACAGCCAGCAGCACAUCGUCGUCGAGUGAUUCGGGAUGGGAGGAGCCGACGGCACCGUCAUCGACAGUGUCCAGCUCCUCGUCUGUCAGCACCCUGAGUGCGCGAAAGUUGCGACCGCGUAAGCGAACGAUUUCCAGUGACAGCAACAAUGAGAACGGAGCCGGCAACAACAAACGCAAAUCGAUGCGUCGCGUCGUCGGUCUUCGUAAUUUGGGCAACACAUGUUUCAUGAAUUCAGUAUUGCAAUCACUUAGUAACAUUCAGGAGUUUAGCUGUUACUUUAACGCUAUGCCGUCAUUGGAAACGAGCAAACACAAGCAAAAGUCGUAUCAUUCACGCAGUAUGAAAGAAAAUCUAGACGAUGUGUUUGUGGUGGAAGAACUACGGAAGGUCCUGCUAAACCUUAGCCAAGGUGGCGACGGAUCAAAGGGCGCUAUCUCACCCGAAUGCUUAUUUCUGGUAAUUUGGAAAGUAGUACCCCAGUUCCGCGGUCACCGACAGCACGAUGCCCACGAGUUUCUUCGCUACAUGCUGGACCGAUUGCACACAGAACUGCAGCAAGUCACGAUUCCGGUUGACAUUUCCAGCUCCUUGGCGGCGAAAACUGGAGAAACCAAACCCAACCCGUACAAUAUACCCGCCUUGAGCCAUCUGCAAGCAAAAGGACGCAACUCUAUUGUGACAAAUGUUUUCGGUGGGAUUCUACAGAGCGAAGUUCGUUGCUUAAUUUGUGGCAUGGAAAGCAAAAAGCAUGAUCCAUUCCUCGAUCUCUCGUUGGACAUUCCGGAGAAGUUUUACAAUAAAGACCCCCCUGAAGAAAGCGGGAAAGAUAAGGAUGGAAAUGUGCCCAUGUGUAACAUUUCCGAUUGUCUGUCAAGUUUUACGGAGGUCGAAGAACUUGCAGAAACAGAACUUUAUUACUGUAAUUCGUGUAAAUGCAAGCAAAAAUCAACCAAGCGCUUUUGGAUUCGAAGAUUGCCAAAUGUUCUGUGUUUGCACAUCAAACGUUUCAGAUGGAAUAAUUUCUAUAGAACAAAGAUCGACCUGAGGAUAUCGUUUCCCAUUAAAUCGCUGGACAUGUCCCAGUUUGUGCUGAACAAUGGUCCGGAAACGAGACGUUCGAACUCCAGUUGCAAUGUGUAUGAUCUGGCGGCUGUUAUCGUACAUCAUGGUAAUGGUUCGAGUUGCGGUCACUACACUUCGUACGCAAUCAACAACGGUGUGUGGAUGCAUUUCAACGAUCACACGGUAAAAGAGGUUAGCAGUGCAGCCGUGGCUGAAUGUAAACCGUACAUUCUGUUCUAUAUCAAACGGGAUACGACUACCGGCAGCCGGCUGUCGCUAGGAGAGCCCGCUUCUAGUGGUGCGUCUUGAGAUUAAAUUUAUAUUUUAAGACUGAUUAAGAUAGCGCAUAACAAGCAGGCUGCAAAUGAAACAGACGAACACAAAACACUGCAGAAACCUGGUUUUCAUUCUAAUUGUAGAGUUUUCUGUUCUAAGAGUUAAAAACAAAAAAGAAGAAGAACAAAAAAUCAGAACCGACGGACAAAAUGUUUAAAGCUUCUAUGGGAUAUAAAACAAAACUAAAUUAAUUCCAUCGACAGAAAAUUGUUAAACUUCUUUGGUAGAAAGGAACGUUAAGUGUUCGGUCGCAAAAUUGUGGUUCUGAUUCAAUAACUUUUUGGAGUGGCUCCCCAUUACGCAAGAUUACAUGUGAUAAAUUGAAGCAUUUUAGCAUUUUACUUCUUGCUACCAAAACUCGUAUGUUCGUCGUAGAACCAGUCGAUUAGAAGUGCGAAUGUAUGUUUCUUUUAUACUUAUUUGUAUAAAUUAUGCUUAAACUAAAACAUUUCGUACGCAAAGCUUCCGUCUGAUUCCAGAGCUUUUUUUUUUGUUUCAAUAUAUAAUUCAUUUACGAACUUUCACAAAAGUUCACUAAUUCUCAAAGAGGCCGCUGCGUUUUUGUGAUGUUUUAUCUCUAGUUUUAGCGUGUAUUUUAGUGCUAUAACUUUGUUUUAGAAGACACCCCAGUUCAAAGAUUUAGUUCGCUCAAUGCAAUAUUGUUCCACGCUGUGAAUAAAAACAAACGAAUAUUCUGACACUAAGUAAAGUUAUGUUUAAAAAGUUCCAAAUUAUGCCAUUGUCCCCUCUCAUAGUGUGAACUUUUGAUUAUUUUCCAUGCAAACCGCAGUGUUGUCUGUGGCGGUGGGUGUGGAAAUGUGUUCUUUGGAAAUUUUGGACAACAAACGAAAAAGGUUGAAAUCGCAAAACGUCUAAAAAUAAGCAAAAGCAACAAUUCAUUUGUCUUUGGAAUACUACUGGUAAUACACUGAAUAUCACUAUGCAACCAAACAAAAUAAAAGGAAAAAAACAGAUGCAAAACAAAUGAAACCUAUGCGACGGUUGAGCAACAGAGUA